AAUAGGUCGAACGACCGAGAGGGGAUCACAAUAAUAUCAUCGCCCCACCCCAACCCCAACCCCAAUCCCCCAAAAAAAUCAAAAAUCAAACAUCUUCAAUAUCUCUCCUUCCUCAUCUAUCGCCUUUUUCAACCAUCUCAUCGAUUAAUUUACUCAAUUACAGUAUAGAUCGGUCUUGGCCAUCGAUGUUUGAUACUUGUGAUGAUUUUGAAAUCAAUUCCGCCUAAUUUUGACGAUAAUUAGGGGAAUUUUGACAGAUGGAAUCCACAAAAGAAACAGGAUGCCAGGCUCCAGAGGGCCCAAUCCUCUGCAUCAACAACUGUGGGUUCUUCGGUAGUGCAGCCACCAUGAACAUGUGUUCCAAAUGCCACAAGGAGAUGAUAUUGAAACAGGAAAACGCCAAGCUUGCAGCUUCAUCUUUUGACAACAUCGUCAAUGGCGGUGGUGGGAACGGGAACGACACCACCGGAAAAGACGUGGUGGCGGACGCCAUGAAAGCCGCCACCGCCCAGUCAGCAGCUCCGGUGGAGUUAAACGUGGUCCCCAUGAAAGCAAAAGCAGACUCUUCUUCUUCUUCUUCAAGUGAAGUAGUCCCGGAGGUGAAAGUGGGUCCCAGUAGAUGCGCCACAUGUCGGAAGCGUGUUGGUCUGACAGGAUUCAACUGCAAAUGUGGUAAUUUGUUUUGUUCUGCUCAUCGUUACUCUGAUAAACAUGAAUGUCCUUUUGAUUACCGGGGUGCGGGUCGUGAUGCAAUUGCAAAGGCGAAUCCUGUUGUGAAAGCUGAGAAGCUUGAUAAGAUAUGAUGAAGAAAAGGAAAAAAAAAAAGGAAGAAAAAGGUUGUGUUUCUCUAUGAUAUGGUAUCUGAAAGUAUGAUAUGGUAUUGGUUACAAGUACUGAAAAGUCUUUUAUGUCUCUUCUCCUCCUCAUGGGUAAUGUCUUGUCUGGUUGGUAUGAAAUGUAGGUGGGGCCCUGGUCGAUUUGUUUGAAAAAAAAUUUGAAAUUAGGGAAGCCAUCAAGACACAGGGUCUCACCAUUGUUGCCAGUGUUAUGAACAUUCUUAUUCUGCUUGUUUGUUCCAUUGUGUGUGUGUGUGUGUAAUGGCUUGAUGCAUAGAUAUAGGUCAAUUUCUGUUAAUCUGUAAUUUGGUCCUCAUUCUUCA